AUGUUUGCGGCCGGCAAAUCAUUGCCGGAUGCUUCUUCCGUUUACCACGAAAUUUCGUGUCGUCUCGGCGACGAACAAUCCAAUAUCGAAAGACACCUUUACAAGCUCCUCGACCAGUUACAAACCCGAACUGACUUGUCCGCCUACAACCCCCAUAAAUGCCUAACCGUGUCUCGAAAACUGCCCUCUUCGGAAUCUCGCCCCUUUCAAGUGAUCCACGGCCAAGUCUGGCGAUGGUCGCACUUACGGCGCAGUCUCUCCCACCUUAUUUUCGAGCUGCAGCCGCGAAAUUUCUGUUUUUCGGCCCACCAAAUGGAGAUUUGCCUCAACCCGUGUCAUUACAGACACCACCGACUGCUUCCACCCUUGGACCCAGUUCUAGCGUCCCCGGUUUGGGCAACGAUUUAUUACUACGAGAAGGGGUCGCGAAUUGGGGACGCGUUUCCUUGCCAAGGACUCUCCGCUUGGGUGCAUUGCUUACAAGGAGGACCGCAGCGAAACGACAGGUUUAAUUUGUUCGAGAAGGAAAAUGCGGGACGCGAGUGGACGGUGAAAAAUACAAGGCAGCAGAUUGGGAGAGGGAUUACUCUGCACUAUGUUAAGGGGCAGAUUUACGUGCAGUUGUGGUCCGAUUCGGAUCUCUACGUCAAUUCGCGGUUUUACAAUCGGCUUAAAAACUACCCGGGUGGUACUAUUUGUAAGUUGUCGCCGUUUCGGUGCAGACACAUGAAACUGUUCCGUGAUGACGAAUUUCACGAAAUGUUAUCUGCGGAGGUGGCAAAGGGUUGGGAGGCUGUUUACAGCUUAGCUAAAGUGUGCACCGUUCGAAUCAGUUUUGUGGAGGGUUGGGGUAACGAAGUUGGGGGGAUUACUGAGAAGCCUUGUUGGCUUGAAGUGCGCUUUCUGCGACAUCUGGAGUGGACCCAAAGGACUUUGACGCAAAUGGGGGCGCCAUACAAACUACACUAUUAA